CACCUUGGCCUCCCAAAGUGCUGGAAUUACAGGCAUGAGCCACCGCGCCCGGCCUCUUACUGCUUUCUAAUGAAUGUAUAUCAAUCUCUUUUGCACUACCGUAAAGUCAAAGAUCGUAAGUUGAACCAUGGUAAGUUGGGAUUGUCUGUACAAGUGAUUGUUUUCACUUUAGGAAUGAAGCUAAUGUUGUUGUCCAUGAUGAGUGGGUAUUUCGGGUGAGCUGAAUAUGUUCUAUUAGAUGGAUGUGAUAUUCUGUCCUCCCAGGUCCCUGAAGCGCCUGUUGUGGUCUCAGCAGCCAUCUGCAGAGGUCACAUUAGCCACCCCCAACCCCUGCCCUUGCCUGCUCUUCCCACCUCUCCCCAAGCUCCCUGAGAGUCAAAGUCCCCCAGAGGCUGCCAUUCCCACAUAUGGCCAUGCAAGGGCAGCUGUGGGGGAGGACUGGCCUCAGGGGCCCAGAGGAGCACAUUAGGCACUUGCCCAUGGGGGUGCCACCAGGGUGUCCUCUCUCCAGGUAGAAAUAGAUAAAUGGGGGUUGGUGUGAAGCUGCUGAUGUCUCUGGGGUGCGUCCGUGGACCUGUGAGUGCAGGGAGGUCCCUGGCAAGGCCCACUAGGGCUCCUUAGUGUUGGAGGGCGCAGGGCAAGGGAUGAACCCAAGCUGGCCCUCCACAGUCCCUGUGCCUAGAGGGUCCUUGCUGGGCUGGGCAUUAACUUUACUUGCUGGACUGUGUAGAGGGUGGAGUCCUGGGGAGGGGCCAGGACAACUGGGGUGGUGGGGGUGCCCAGCAGAACAGCUUUUUGCCAAGUGACUCAGAAAUGUUUCAGUAGUUUAGCCACUGGCAUGGCUGUGGCGGGGCAUCCUGGCUGAAUGCUAGCCCUGUCCAACGUAUCUGUGUCUGGACCCUCCUGAGAGUCCCUGUGGCACACCAGCAGGGGAGCUCUGAGCUGUGGCACAACAACGAGAGGAACUGGGCAGUGUGGCUGGAGCAGCAUGCAUGGGAGAGGCCAAGAGAGACAGGCCCACUGGACCCAAGCAGAGAAAGAGCCUGAUCCGGUGCCUGGCACCUUAAAAGGCCUCCCUUCCGCAGGAUGCCCCAAGAGCCAGGAGAGGGUAGUGGUUAAGAUAUGGAUGGUCUGGGUUUAAGCCCAGGCUCCCCUGUCCUCUGACCUUGGGCAAGAGAGUUAGUUUCUCUGGGUCUCAGUUGCCUUCACUGGGGAAAUGGAAACACUAAUAACAGCAUUUAGCCAAGGGUUCUCAGCCCCACAGUGAUACUCUGAGUACUUGGUCAAUGGGAAUUGUGUACAUCGAAGCAGGAACCCAUGUUACACGUUUACGGUGAAGGCUUUGCAAGUGGUGCUGGUGAGAAUGGUGCUGCAAUGUUAUCCUGAGGGCAACUGGGACCUAUUUUCAGAGUGGGCCUUGUAAGAUCUUAAAAGGAUUGCCCAGGCUGCAGGGAAGAGGUUGAGUUGGAGGAGUGGAGGCCAAGCCAAAGAGGCCAGUGAGGAGGCCGAUGAGCUAACAGAGAGAGGUCCUUAGGCAGGCAGGAGGCCUGAGGGUCCGAGGUGGGAGAUAUGAAGGAGCAGAACCACCUGCAGGCAGUGCGUGUGGUUAAGAAUGUGGUCACUGGUGUUGGACUGCCUGGGUCCAACUCUGCCACUUACUGGCUGUGUAUCCUUGGGCGAAGAGGAGCUCUCUGUGCCUCAGUGUCGUCUUCUGCUGUGAAACGAGAAAACGAUGUGACCUACCUCUUAGGGUUGUUGCAAGGGGUAAUAUGAGUUAUUAUAUAUUUAAAAUUUUUAAUUUACAAUUUUCUUGGAGACAGGGUCUCAUCUGUCAUCCAGGCUGGAGUGCAGCGGCACGAUCAUAGCUCACUGCAGCCUCGAACUCCUGGCCUCAAGAAAUCCUCCCAACCCGGCCUCCCAAAACUCAUUAUAGGCAAUGAGUGAUGAUAUGUAGUGUUUGGAAUAGGGCCUGGCACUGUAAAGUGUUAGAACACAUCCUAGUAUGAUUAUGUUAGCUAGCGUAACUAUUAUCAGAACUUGGAUGUGAGGGAGGACCUGGGGUGAUUCUGAGGUUUGUUGCUUUGGUGACAUGCAUGUCAUCGAUUGGGAAUUUCAAGAAGAAGAACAGAUUUGGCUGUAAAAAGGUGAGUCCUGGGGAGUCCGUGUAUAUGUGGGUGUAGGUAAAGGGGUCUGAGUCCUGGUGGAAGAGAGGCCUGGGUUAGAGAAACAGGUGGUCUGCGUAUCCUUGGGGUGCACCUGGCUGCCGAGGUCACCCAUGGAGAGUGGGCAGGCAGGGAGAGAAAAGGUCACACCCCGAGGAACACCAACACUUCAGGAAACUGAGAAGGAGCCACCUGAGGGUGGGAGGAGGCCAGCAGAGUCGGGGGCAUAGAGAGCUUCGGGAGGGAAAGUGUCAGGCGCUGCUGAGGAAUGAGAUGAAGACUAACCUGAAUCCAUAAGAUUUAGUGACCGAGAAGUCUUCGCGCGCUUGGUGAGAAGGGGCGCAGUGCAGAGGGGAGGACUGGGUGAUUGGAGGAACGAAAGAGGGCAGACUGGAGCCAGGGGAUCCUAACCUCCCAGGGAAAUUUAUUUGCCUCCACCUUCUCCCACCUCCAGGACCAAGAAAAGCCCACUGUGACAUCUUCCUGCCCAACUCAUACUCCAGCUUGGAGGCAUCGGGAUCUCCACCAGAGCUGAGGGGGCAAGAGGAAGAGAACUUUGCCUUCCUGAGUGCCUGCUGCAUGUCACACCUGCCCAGGACCGCAGUUCUGAGGGGCUGGUAUCAGGCCUCCCCUCAUAUCCUGAAGGACAGGGCUCAGAGCAGCUGAGGGUCUGACUCAGGAUUGACUCCUAGUCCUUCCCUCUCUGAGGAAACGUAGGCCAUGGGAGGGGCAGGGGUCCAUCUCCAGUUACCCAGCUGACCAAGGGCAUGGCCAAGAUGAUGCCAACUCUCUUGCCACCCACUCGGGCUGAACUUCACUUCCAUAACCUCCAGCCUCAUGAUGUCAUGAAUGGAGUCACCCCCACUCCAGUUGUGACCCUUCUGAAGAGCAGCAUGAAGGGGCAGGCCCCUCUCCAUGCCAGGCCCUGGGCUGGCCACUGGGGGCAGAGGCAGAGGAGAACAUCGUGCCCUUGGAGGGUUUUCAUGACAACCUGGAGACACAGCAGAUGCUUUCAGUGCUAAGCACGAGUGCCGGAACAUGUACUGAGCGACACAGACGUGUGUGCAGCUGUGUGUGUAGGGGAGUAUGAGGUGUCAUGUGGAGUGUGCGGGAGUGGGCCUUAGCGGGUCCAUCUUUGAAAUCUGCCUACUCCAUCUCAUCUCUGCAGGAGCCAGCCCUGGACCCCCAGCCAAUCCUGGAGCUGCCCCUGGCAGAGCUGGCCCAGCAGCUUCGGACUGAAGAGCUGAGUCUGGAGAGUGUCCUCUGUAGCUACUUAGAGCAGGCACUGAAGGUGCACCAGGAGGUGAACUACCUGAUGGAUUUCCUGGGGGAAUGUAAGGAGGAACUGCAGGCAUUGAAGAAGCUUAAGACGAGUGACAGAGGUCUUCUCUAUGGGGUCCCCAUGAGCCUCAAGGACACCUAUGACUGCAUGGGCCAUGACUCUACUUGCCUCCUGGCCCAGUUCCCGGAGAAGCCUGCAACCAAGGACGGGGUCAUUGUGAAAGUGCUCAAGGCCCAAGGAGCCAUCCCCUUUGUUCAGACCAACAUCCCACAGACACUGCUCAGCUUUGAGUGCAGCAACCCCAUCUAUGGCCAGACGUUGAACCCACUGAACUUAAAGAAGACAUGUGGGGGCUCCUCAGGGGGAGAGGGAGCUCUGAUGGCAGAAAGAGGGUCCAUCCUAGACAUGGGUACUGACACAGGUGACAGCAUCUGCAUAUCAGCCAGCUUCUGUGGUGUUUAUGGCCUCUGGACCACAGGUUUCCACCUCAGUGACUACAGUGGCGGUCCCCAUGGCGUGGGACGUGGAGAGCCUGGCGCUGUGCCUGCGAACCCUGCUGAGUGAAGACAUGUACCGACUGGACCCCACUGUGCCCCGGAUGCCCUUCAGGGAGGAGAGUAGAAGUUGGUUGGCUGUGGGGGCAGGCCAUUGGCUAAAGGCUGUGAUUGACCCAUCUGUGACUGGUUCCUCAGAGAGGGGGACAUUGUGGAUCCUAGCGUAAAGGGCAUGGUCAACCAGCUCUGCCUGCCAGACCCUGUCAAGUGUUUCUUGGCCUGGUUCCCAAGGAUCCCCGAACUAGCCAGCAUCUUGAAGAGAUUCGUGGAGUGGGGACACCCAAGAAACUGCGGGAGCAGCACACAGCAGUGGAGAGUCUUGGUCUGUCACCCAGGCUGGAGUGCAGUGGCAC